UGAUUUGUAUCAAGCUUUCAUUACACUCCAACAACACAUCUUAUCUAGAAAAAAAAAAAAAAAAAAAAAAAGCAUUCUAUUCAGUAAUGGGGAGCACAGAUUAAGUAGUAUGGGUAAAUUUAAUAUAAUAUCUGUUUAUGUAUGAGUUAUGUGUGGAUUUUAUGCUUGUCAUAUGAUGAGUCAAUCCAUUGUGCUUCUGAACUGAAGUGUCAGAGGAAGCUGUAUUUAACUGUCCAGAUUUACGUCACAGUAUAACAAUGCAAGAAACUUCAAAAUUAAGAACACUGCUUGCACAAAAGGAGUUUUCAGCAUGAAGGACUUUACUGCACAAAAUAUCUCAUUUACAGACUUCAAAUUAAAUGGUUUCUACAGCCUGGGAGAAUGGAGGCCUUUUUUAUUUAUCCCUUUAUUUCUGAUGUUUUUAUUGGCUAUAACUGCAAAUACUAUUCUCAUAUAUUUAAUAACAAGCCAAAGGUCUCUGCAUUCUCCUAUGUAUGUACUAAUAGGUUUAAUGGGUGUUGUAGACUUGCUCUUGCCAAUCUUUUUUGUACCUAGCAUGCUUCUUAACUUUUUAUUUAAUUGGAGUGGGAUAUCUCUGACUGGUUGUUUAAUACAAAUGUUUUGCCUUCACUUUGUUGGAACAUUUCAAACUACUUUGCUUUUUUGGAUGGCACUGGAUCGUUAUUUUGCAAUAUGUAAACCUCUUUACUAUCAUAAAUACAAGGAGAUCUCGAAUUUUCUAAAGUUUGUUUUUGCACCGCUAAUCAGAAAUGUACUCCUGAUUGUCAUCAUUGUUUCUCUUGCUGGAAGACUGUCAUUUUGUGCUACAAAUGUGAUCGAUCACUGUUUUUGUGAACACAUGGCAUUGGUUCAGUUAGCAUGUGGAGAUAUAUCUGUCAAUAACAUUGUAGGAUUAUUGACUGUUUUCCUUGUACCAACUGCUGAUUUUAUUCUCAUUAUUGCUUCCUAUGUUGUGAUUUUUACCUCCGUAUUCAAAUCUGGCAAAGCUCACACGAAGGCCUUAAACACCUGCAUUACUCAUUUAAUUGUCUUGUCAGUUGCUUUAACUUCUGCCUUGGUUGCAUUUUUGUCAUACAGAAUAAGAAACAACAUUUCCUCCAACAACCGCAUAGUUAUAAGCAUCAUGUACUUAUGUUUUCCAAGUUGUUUUAACCCAAUAAUCUAUGGAUGGAGAACAAAAGAAAUAAGACACACAUUUCUGAAGUGUAUAAGCAAAAAAGUCUUUACUUUUUGAAAAAUGAAUGGUUUAUAAAUGAAUGGAUAAUAUGUGAUAAUUCAUUUAAAAAUUAAAUUAAUAAAUAUACAAUAAAGACAGAUACUGCAUAAGUAUUUAUAUAGGCCACUAUACAUAUGUCAUCCACUUAUAUAAUUGUAAAUAAUACAAUUAACAAUAAAAACACAUUUAUCAAAAUGCUUUUUCAAUAAACAGUAAUAUAUUAAAGUCUGCACUGUUAAUGAACAUUAGCCUUAUAGCAUUAGCAUUAUAUUUCCUAUAAAUGUUGUUUUUAAACAACUUAUUCAAAUCAUGUUUUCAAUAAACAGCAUUUUCAAAUCAGUUGUUUUCAAUAAAGAUAUUAUUCAAAUUUUGUCUUGUAAAUAAACAUAUAAAUCAUUCUACUUGUUACUUAUUCUAUGUAAUUAUACACAUUUGUAUGCUUUAUUGUGGAGUUUACACACAUAAGCAGUUCUUUUUAGACUUUUGAUAAAAAAGGCUAGCAUGGUUCCAAAUGCCAUAACUUUGAGAUAUCAGCACAAAAUUUAGCCCACAUGCAAUUGAUUACGAUUUUGACUGAGACUUGAUUUUAUGACUUGUCAUAUUUACUUUCUAAUAGUCACCAUGUCAAGCAUAAAUUAUAACAAAAUAAAUCAAUACAAUUGCGUCAGCUUUUCUGGGGUUUACUCAGAAGUGCCGUAACAUAAACAGGGCCUGUGUGGGCCAAGGAACACCCAGACUGUCAGCCUUGCCCACCCUGUCAAACCAUACUGGAUGCCUGUGAUCUUCAGGCCCUUAGACGGCACUGCAUCAAAUACAGGAAUGCUACUGUAAU